AAACUCCCUCUUCACAAUCUCAAGUAGUGGGGAAUGGCAGCAAAGCAAAUGGAAGAAAUACAGAAGAAAUUGGGGACAUUGAAUUACCCACGAGCCAAUGCUCCUUCUCAGUCCCUUCUCUUUGCCGGCAUGGAACGAUAUGCUCUUCUUGAAUGGCUUUUCUUCAAGUUAUUAGGGGAUAAAUCACCAUUUUCUCAACAAAAUCUACAAGGGGAUGCUGUGGAUCGUGAUGAGGAGACUUCUCGUAUUCAGUAUUUAGCAGAGAUUGCAAAGUUUCUAGGCAUUACUACUACUGUUGAUCCAGAAGCAAUCCAAGGCUUGAGAGAGAUAAAGAGAAUGCAGAACUUACAGAUGUCUUGGUUGAGAAAUAGAUUUGUGUCAAUGUUGGAACUAAUAAUGUUAAGAUCCUCCCACAAUUUGAAGGUUGCGGGGCUUCCUAUGAUCUGGGGACGGGGUAGUUAUGAAGAUCGUAUGGAAAUGCUACGCCUUAUUGUGGAUCUAGUGGAAGCAAGCAUGUAUGCUGAUAACCCUGAGUGGAGUGUUGAUGAGCAGGUAGCAAAGGAUAUUCAAUUGAUUGAUGCCAUAGCGGAAAAGCAGGCUCAAAUUUUUUCGGAAGAAUGCAAACUGUUUCCAGCAGAUGUUCAGAUCCAAUCUAUCUAUCCUUUGCCAGACAUAUCUGAUUUGGAGAAGCAACUAUCAGAUCAAUCAAAUAGGCUUCUGAGUCUUCAGGAAAUGGUUGAUGAUUUAGCAUCAAAGCAUCCAUACAACCCAGAUGAGGAAUAUGUAGAGGUUGAAGCUAAACUACGAGGUCAUUUGGAAUCCUUUUUAGACACCGCAAGGUCCUUCAACACAAUCUACACAAAGGAAAUUCGUCCAUGGACCCACAUGAUGGAAGUACCACAACUGCAUGGGUUUGGGCCUGCUGCCAAUAGACUAUUGGAAGCAUAUAAGAUGCUUUGGAAGUUCCUUGGAAACUUGAAGAAUCUUCGGGAUUCACAUGCAGCUGUAGCAGUUGGUUCAUCUGAAACAGUGGCUGGCGAGCCAUCUUCUGUGACGAGAAUAAUUUCCGAAUGUGAAACUGCACUUACACUCUUGAAUCGCGAUCUUGCGAUUCUUUCAGCUUCUAUUGCCCGUGAGCGAGGUGAAGAUACAUCUUUGUAAUUUAUCAUGUGACCUAGAGUUAGAGCAAAUUGAGAUUAUACCAUUUGUUGUUCUUGUAAAAUCACACCACAUUUUUUGCUAGAUGUUAAUUGACUGGUCAUGUGUCAAAUGAGGAGUUUUCGAUUAGAUUGUAUACAUGGACCAAAGGCCUAUGAUUUUUGUAUCUAAACUGAUCAAGGAGUUUUCAAUUAGAUUGUGCAUAAGUA